UACCUGUAAUAAACUCAAUUUUCAACAGCCCAUUUGUAUUCAACGAGAGACUGGUUCACUUGUUGCUGCUUUUGCAUAGGCUACCAUCUGUUUUGUUUGCAUUCGCUCUAUUCACCGGAGACUGCCUUCAGAAACUGCUCUCAUAACAGUAUCACAGUGCUGCAAUCUAAUGAGAUGCCCCCAAAAGACUACACAUCGAAACAGACAGCUUCUAGUUGUCAGUGGUGAUCAGAGGGACCCCGUGCGCUUUAGCCAGUUGUCGUGUGGAUCACUGCAAAGAAACUUGUCCACCGGUGCACAUCGGCUCAGCGAACAGACUCUGGGAAGAUUUCUACUUUAAUACCAAGAAAAAAUAAUUUUCCAAAUGGAAGCAUCAAACAGCACAUCCAACAUAACUGGGAACUUUACGAACCAGUUUGUGCAGCCGCCGUGGAGAGUGGCGCUGUGGUCUGUCGCCUACAGUUCCGUUGUUGCUGUGGCAGUUUUUGGGAACUUGAUUGUAAUAUGGAUAAUACUGGCCCACAAGCGAAUGAGAACCGUUACCAACUAUUUUUUAUUGAAUUUGGCUUUCUCUGAUGCUUCGACGGCCGCCUUCAAUACUCUCAUUAAUUUUAUAUAUGCCGCUCAUGGUGAAUGGUACUUUGGAGAAUCGUACUGCAACUUCCACAACUUUUUCCCUGUCACUGCAGUGUUUGCAAGCAUCUAUUCCAUGACUGCGAUAGCAGUUGACAGGUACAUGGCUAUCAUCCACCCACUGAAGCCCAGACUGUCAGCCACGGCAACCAAGGUGGUGAUCGUCUGUAUCUGGGCACUGGCCAUUGUUUUGGCCUUCCCACUGUGCUUCUACUCCACCAUCAAGAAGACUCCCCGAAGGACCCUCUGCUAUGUGGCCUGGCCCCGCCCAGCUGAGGACCCCUUCACGUACCACAUCAUUGUGACUGUGCUGGUGUACAUACUGCCCCUAGUGGUGAUGGGCAUCACCUACACCAUGGUGGGAAUCACCCUGUGGGGAGGGGAGAUCCCAGGAGAUUCGUCAGACAAUUACCAUGGACAGCUGAGAGCCAAGCGGAAGGUGGUGAAGAUGAUGAUCAUUGUGGUCGUGACCUUCGCCAUCUGCUGGCUGCCGUAUCACAUCUACUUCAUCAUCACCGGGGUCAACAAGCUGCUGAACAAGUGGAAGUACAUCCAGCAGGUGUACCUGUCUGUGCUGUGGCUGGCCAUGAGCUCCACGAUGUACAACCCCAUCAUCUACUGCUGCCUCAAUAGCAGGUUCCGGGCGGGGUUCAAGCGAGCCUUCCGCUGGUGCCCCUUCAUCAAGGUGUCCAGCUACGACGAGCUGGAGCUGCGCAGCACCCGCCUGCACCCCACCCGCCAGAGCAGCAUGUACACCCUCUCCCGCGUGGAGUCCAGCGUGGCGGUGGCCUACGACCCCGCCGACGGGGACCACCCCCAGGCCGCCCGCAAGAAGAGCGCCCCCCACCGCCACGCCGGCGCCAACGGCUGCCCCGCCAACGGCGCCAAGCCCGCCCCGAGGGCGGGCCUCUACAGCGCCCCCAACGCCUCGCCCGAGGAGUUCUCCUGAAGGGCGAUGGCGACGGCGUCGGAGAAAAGGCUGCUGGGAUUGGUCUCCGGGGGGAACGCAUCACACAGUUACUCCAGGAACGCAGAUUCCCAGGGAUUCACUCCUCCCUGUUAACGCAUGGUGGAUUCCUGUGGGAAUCUGUAUUCAUGUUGUCGUUGUUGUUUUUCUGUUUGCAUAUUUCCCGAUGAUUCCUCCUAGGUUAAUUGGAAUGCUUCAUUUCCCCAGGAGCUUGUGAAGAGUUUGUUUCGUGCUUAUACCUGUCUUAAAGUUAUGUUUGCAAGAAACAAUUAGUAUUUUUAAAGAAACCCACACAUUUUGUAUGCUGCAGGCAAUUACUUUUCAGGGGACGUCAAACAUACAGUAUUUAUUUUCCAGAUCAAGAAUUUAUAAUUUAUGAUUUGUUCUCUAAUUGGAAUCUUUCUAGCCAAUUAUUUUGCUCUUGGUGGAUGCCAUAAUAUUUAACUCUUAUUCGCUUUUUGGAAUGAUUCGGAUAAUUUUAUUAUGUUACAGUAGAAAGGUUCUAAGUUUUCGUUUUUUAACAAAAUAUGGAAUUGAGAGUGUGGCUGCCAAACAUUGAGUAUGUAAAGUAAAUACAUAGAGAAAUACAACCCCUUUCUAUUUCAAGAGUCCUUUAUCAAUAAAAUAUAACAGUUGGUCAGCUUAGCUGGCUUAUGUUUUCUAGCUGUAAGCAUAUGGUCCAGUGGUUAUCUGAACCUAGCUAUCCUGGUGUUUACUGCAAGCUUAUUUAUCUGCCUACCUAUUGAUAAAUCCAAGUCUGAAAUGAAUAUUCUUAUCUCUCGCUGUCCCCCAAACUCUCAUGGUAAGAAGAUGCUCCAGUAUAACAUAUAAAUCAUAUCAAAUUGCUAAGAAUAUGGAUUCAUUGAGAUGAAAUGAGAGGUGCAUUCUUUCAGAGAAUGUGUGGAAUACCUUGCUCAAGCAGAACACUGACCUACUGUGUUAACCCCCCCCCCCCCAACUGUUCCUUUUUGCAUGCUGUCCCUGAAUCAUGAGUGGCACUGUUGUCAGGGCAUUGAGUGGUGCACACGCUCAUCUUCAAGUCUGCCGAAGAAGAAGCAGCAGUGGUUGUUGUAUGCAGGGAAAAAAAUGGCUGCUGUCACAUUUGUUUGCUCAUGGUCUCCAGCAAUCGUCGUUAUUUAACAAUAACAAAAAUGAAAAAAAUAUUUUCUAAUUCGAGCAUAUGCAGACUUACCCAUCACUCAGACUGUGUCAUUAAUGUUAGGGCAUAAAAUCUAAUUAACUUAUUCCAGACUAAUGCACAAAGCCCAUGCAGGGCUCUAAUUAUCAUUUCUUAGCAGCCAUUCAGCUGUGCAGGGUAUUUCAUAUAGUUGGCAAGAGUAGAGAAUAUCCCCUUGUUUCCAGAUGGUACCUGGAGCGGGAGAUUGUGCAUGAAGUAUCUCCUGUCCAAACCCUGAAAUGAAGGAUGACCCUUUGUUUUUGCCUGUAUGUUAUACAGAAGAUUGUGGAAAAUGUGUUAUUAUUAGGGAAAUGAUUUGGCUUAUUUAUGAUCUAAGGAAACCUAUAUUUGAGAAUAUAAAAUCUGUAUUUGAAAUUAAUAAUAACUGUUUCCCUAAUAAAAUGUAAUGUUUGUCUAGGAAAAUCUAAAACACUUCCGUCAAACUAUGGAGUUCAUUUUUGAAUAUUUGUGAAUGUGUUGGUCGUGUUUGACAAAUAAAUUAUAAUUAUUAAUAUACUUAGUUUUAUAUAUUGUUGUUGGACAUUUUAAUAUUUGUGCAUGUAUAAUUUUGAAUAUUUUGAAAAUAUGUUAUAUAUAACACAUGCAUUUUUUUCGCCAUACCCUAUUGAAUUUGUUUAAUUUUUACAUUAUAUUCUUUCUCUAUAAUGAAAAAUCACUCUCAUGAAUGCUUAUGUGUUUCCUUUCUAUGGAGUCAACUAUAUUUGGCUGCCUCAUGCCACUGUAUAUCAGUGUGUAAUGCGUAUUAUCUUCAGACAAGACCUGCUACACUUCUGCUUUUAAAAUUUUCUAAAUAACUAAAUGUUUCCAUUUUGUGUUAUUCAGUUUUUCAACCACAGAUGUAUAUACAAAUGGUCAUAUCCGACAAGCACAUAUGGCUUUUUCUAAUGGCUUUUGGUUACUGUAUCUCUAAUCAUACCCUGUACUGUGAUAAAGCAACAGUUGUAUUUACACAGUUCCUCGGAAGGUUGUACCAUUUAAAGACAGAGCUUCCGAAAGUCAGGCUUGGCACAUUUGUGUAUGCCGAUGUUUGUUCCAGCCUAUUCCCUUGGGGCGACUGGGCUGCCAAAAAAUCCAUCAGUCAGGUACACGUUGAAUACCGUUUUCAUUUUUCCAUUUUCACAGACUAUACCUCCAUUUUCACAGACUACAGCUAAAUUAAUGACUCGCUAAAUGCUAGAAAGUAGGCCAAAAACAGAUUUUCGGCAUGCACACCAUGCGUCAGGACCGAACAUCGGAAAUUCUGUAAAGCCAGGGUAUUCAUACAUUUACAAUUAAAUACCUGUGUGUUGUAAAACCCCGGGUUUUUUUCUCAGUUUUUGCUCCUUCAGUCUUGUUUUUACUGUGUCACUAUUACAGGAACGACAGUUCUUGUUCUUACAUAAUGUAUUUUUUCUGAUUUUCUUAUUUUAUUUAUGAUUUCUUUUUUCUCCUUCAAUGAAUGCAACCUAAUCUCUGUGGCUUUGCACGAAACACAUAUAUAUCAAGAUGCAUGAAAUGCUAAAUUUGUAGCAAUCAGUCAUUUACAGUGUUUGCCAAACAGUGGUUCAAAUUUAGCUAGUUUUUUUUAUUUUUUAUUUUUUAUGUGUGCUAUACUUAUGCUACCUCGUAUUUGCACUUUAAGUGAUAUGCUAUUAUUACUACCCUUAAUUGGUCUGUUACGGUAUUUAUUUUAGUUUUACACCAUUUUUUAUUAAAACAGUUAUUAUCAGUCGGUGCAAUAGACUUUGGAUACUUUGGAAAUGUCCCCAUUAGACUGUUGCUGUUCAACUGAAAAGCCAAAGCUGGGCUGUGAGUUGAUUUAUGUGACUGUGUUUGUCAUAUUUUUUUGUCCUCCUGGUCUCCUUUUGUUAUAAAGAACAUUAUACAAUCGGAAUUUGCUUUUCUUUUUAUGACUGCAUUCAUUAAUUUUGUAAAUUCAUUGUACCCACUUUUUGGUUUUUUUCCUCUGUGUGUACGUAUGAGACGUCUUUUCCUGUGGAAGUCAGGGUCUGUUGUUUGCAGUGAUGACGUCCAUGGUGCCUGCUGCCGGGGGUUGAGAGAAACACACUUCCUGGUGUUUAUGUCUGCUUCACCUUCUGAAGCUUUGAAAUCCCCGUGGUUCUGCUUGAGGCGGUUCUGUACAAACCUCCACUGCUUUGCCAAUUAAUUUCUCUUCAGCGUGGUUGUAUAUACUAAUUUUGGCUGGGGCAUUGUUUUAUGAGAGACACCAGAAGUCUUAAUGUGCUGCAGCCUGCACAGUAGGAAAAUAUGACUCAACUGGAAUGGAAUCCAAUUGGAAUGUAUGGUUUUUUAUGAUGUUUGUAUACUUUUCUCAUCAAAUUGUUUGGGGAAAGGUGAAAAUAUAGGGAAACUGUUUUGUUUUUGCUUACGUGCCCGGCCAUUGUCCAGAGCUUGGGUUUGGUAUGUUCAACAACAUACAACCUUGGAGCGUAUUCAUUCAUUUAUCAAUCUCCUUCAGUGAGGUUCAUAUUAAAUCUUAAGUGCCAAUAGUUGGAUUGCAGAGCAGUUUUGUUUGAUUCUUUUUUUCAGAGAACAACUGUAUGUUUUCUUUGACUCUGAAGAUGUGCUUCAAAGCUGCUGUAGCACUGAAAAGCAAUGUGGCUUGUAGUUACACCAUAAAGAAGAUUGUAUUGUAGGUGUUAAGUGUGUCACAAAUUAACCUAUUCAAAUGUCAUAGUGCAUCGUGUGUCUGUGUUUGUGUCAGUACCACUUUUACAUGAGGUUCAUUCUGAAUAAUGAACAUGUGAUGAUUUCUUUUUCUUUUUUUCAAUACAAAUAUUGUUUUGAUUUGGUGAAUGUUGCUUUGAAUUAUAGUACAUGAAGAUACUGAGCAAUGUUGAGUCAUAAUGUGUUUACUUUUAAGUGAAUGUGCGUAUUACAAGAAUUCAAAAAUAUCUUUAAAAAACAUGGGAUUUAACAAAAGUUUUGUCCCCCCAGAAUUCUAUUUGUUUGAUACUUUCCAUUGUAGAGCAUUCUGUAUGUUAUCUCUUAAGCUAUCAGCCCUGUGAUUCAACCAAAAUCCAAGCAGUACCAAUCCACGGUUUCAUCUCUUGAUUGCAUUGAGUGAUAAUCCUUUUGUGUUGUGUGAUCCUUAAAUCCGUGCUAUAAAUAGAAAUGUCACUCACACUGUGGUUAUAUUUAAGAAAAGGGCAGAAGGUUCAUUUCAAACAAUUUGGGUUCAUUUUAGAUGAUCCACUUGACUGGUGAAAUGUACCUGCAUUUUCCUUUGCAUACUGUAAAAUUAUUUUGUAAAAUAUUGUAAUAUUGUAUUCUCUCUCUCUCUCUCUCUCUCUCUCUCUCUACAGUAUUGUUAUUGUUACAGUAGAUUCACAGAAUGUAUAGAAUUUUUAAAGACAUCAUGAAAGUAUUAUUCAAGAAUGUAUAGAAAUACAUACCAACAACAUGCAUUAUUAUUAUUAUUAUUAUUAUUAUUAUUAUUAUUAUUUCAUUUGAAAGAAGAACAUUUCUAAAUGUUUCAAUGCUAUGCCAUUCUGAUGCAGUGCACUGUGUUACUUUUAAUGAAAUGUAAAUGUGUAUUGACUUACUAAAGUAAUUGUAUGUUUGAACAAGUAUAAGUAUGUGAAUACAUUUUUAGUCUUUGUUUAUGUGUAAAACAAACUGACUGCAUCAUUCCAGAAAAUGUUUUAGCAUAUGUGUGUUGUGUUAAAACAUGAAGGAUAUUAUCAUAUUGUAUGCAGCCUUGGAAACAGGCCGUAUACCUACUCAUUCAUCUUAAUUGUUAAAAACAUUUCAAAAGUU